AUGAGGGCACAUAUACAAAGAAUUGAUGAUGCAGUUGCUCGAGGUGAUUCUGAUGAUGGAGGAGAGCCUUUAUUCCAUCCUGAUGUCGUUAUCUAUGGUAAACCACCACCUGAGGGGGAGCCAUUUGAACUAUCCUCUGCUUCUAUAGCAGAAGCAGAGGUCGUACGACAGGCAAAGGAAGUGCCAAUGGCGCUAAAAGAGCGGGCAGCUGUUCCUCAGUUUAUUUGGCCUUUGAAUUGGGAGCCUGCACCAAUUCCUGCGCCUGUGCCGAUUCCUUCCCCUACGCCGAUUCCUGCCCCUGCGCCGAUUCCUGUACCUGUGCUGAUUCCUGCUCCUACACCGGCCCCUGCAUCUAUUCCUACAUCGGUUCCUGCGUCGAUUCCUGCAUUGAUUCCUGCCGCUGCGUCGAUUCCUACACCGAUUCCUACCGCUGCGUCGAUUCCUGCAUCGAUUCCUACGUCUGCAUCUAAGUCUGUACAAAUACAGAGGACUCGAUCAAAGAAACCGACUCAGCAAAAGCAGCAAGUCUCUAAAUCUGCUUCUGCGCCUACUUCUACACCUACUUCUAUACCUGCGUCCGAGCCUGUACGACCGCAGCAGAUAAGGUCAACUCAGAGGAAGCGAUUGGAACCUACAGAUGUCGGUACACCUCCAGCACGUCGAACUCGGUCUCUUCUAGCAAGUAAAAAGGAUUGA